ACUUUGACUGAAGAAUAAAUGGUUUACAAGAAGUUGUCUACCAAUUGAUUUUGAUUGUCACACAAAAGUUUUGAAUGUGAAGAUCUGAUCCCAAGACACAAUGUGUUCAAUCGGUUCGUCGUCUUCUUCAUCGUCUUCAUCAGCGUCUGACUCGUCAUCCGAUGACGACCUGUCCGGCGAAGACCAGUCAUCCUCGAGUUCGGACGACUCGUCGUUAUAUUCAAAUAAUGACAACUCUCUGUACAGAUCGUCGACGACAAACAGUUCUCACCACAAGACAAGUGACACUUCAAUGAAUAUUACAAAUAAUUCAAUCAAUUCACACAUUUAUGACUUUAAUUCAAACAAUGAAUCGCUUAUUUCGGAUAAUUUAUUGACCAAUAAUUUCAACAAUCAAAAACUCGGUUCAUCAUCAAGUGGUCACCUAUUUGGACGACCCGGCGGUAUAUUAGCGUCACCUAAGUUGACGCUUCCAUUUAGUAAAACAACAGCUAAUCCAACGACAACUCCAACAAAAAGUCGUAAAAAAGUGUCCAAAUCAAAGAGUAUCGAAAACUCGAUAUUAGACAUUCCUAUCACAGCCGCCGAUCGGGAGAUACUUCUCGGUAUCGGAAAGAUUAAGCGUCAAAAACAGCGGCCAUCUGUCGAUAGACUGUACAAUAUUUGCAGUAAAAUCAAAGAUAAUUAUCCACAGUUUGGCACCAAAGACGGUAUUCAACAAGUAUUAGAUGAUAUGAUAGGUCGAAGCCUUCUUCAGAAGGUUGAUAACGAUGCCAAAGGAUUUGUUUCUUAUCGCGAAAUCAAUUCGGCGAUCGCUGUCGUGGCUAUAAAUAAUCCGAAACGCCCGCGACCUAAGCCACAGACCACACCCGACAAGAGUGGCAGCGAUGCCAAUGACAAUAAAUCACCCGAAAAAAGUGGUAAAACAGAUAAAACCUCUGAUUUGACAAAAAUUAAAGUCAAAUUAAUUGAUGAAAAUCUACAGAAGAAUUCUCCGUCAAAAUCAUUGAAAUCUCCAUCAAAGUCGCCAAAAAAGAAGAGCACAAGUGAUAGCAAGAGUGUCGACCCAAAGCCAACCGCAACCACAACAACACCACUGAGUUUAGCAACUCUUUCAUCAAUUGAAUCAACAAUCGAUUCGAUAAUCGAGAGUACAGUCAGAAAGUCUGAUCUAAUGUCUGAUGAUAGCGACUCAUCAGACAAUGAAACGAAUAAAACUACUGAUAAUACUAAUGAUAAUAAUACUAAUAAUAGCAAUAAAACAAUCAAAAGAAAGUCAACCACUAUUUCAGGUGAAUCCACUGUAAAGAAAUCGCGUAAAAAAUCAUCAGAAGAAAAGCCAAUCUCAUCCAUUCUAAGUAUUGAAGAAAGUAUACAAUCAGUUGUGGCCAAUACAUACGUGACAUCACCGAAAACUGACUUAUGGUCAGAUGAGGCCAGUCAUACGACUACAAGUCCCAUAUCGACACCAUCGACGACACCAUAUUCAUCGCCAAAGUCAUCACAAAAGCAAUUGCAAUCGCAAUCAUCUAAACAACCAAAGUGUGGAAUGUGUGGCAAAUCUGGUUCUUCUGGUGAUAAUGACGAACUCAUCACAUGCUCGCUGUGCGGUAUGUCUGGUCACGCCAUCAGUUGUCUAAACUGUUCGGAACAACUGCUCAAACGAAUUAAGGAUAGCUCUCAUUGGGAAUGUCCUAACUGUAAGAAGUGUCCCAUUUGUGGCCAACACGACGUCGAGCUCAUCAUUUGCAGCGAAUGUGACCGAGGAUUUCAUUGCAGAUGUCUUAAGAUUGCCAACACCUUCACCGUGGCCAAAUACGUGUGCGACGACUGUAGACCAAAACCAGCGGUUAAGUUAUCGAAGAAAUUGCCGCCAAUCGUGUCGACGACUCUUUCGCCGAUUAAAGAGAAGCGUCUGACUGGUCAGGAGGUGACCGCAGUUAAGCCAUUGAAACGACAAAAAUUGAUCAAAAGUCCGGCCCAACAGAAGGCCGAUAAACUUAAGAGAAACGCCGAAAAGGCCCGAAAACAGAGGGAACGAAGGGCUGCUGCGAGAGCUCGGGUUUUGGCCGAAAGACAAAAAGCUAAUCCUAAACCUAAAUCAGCCAAAACAACGGAAACGGUGUCUUCACCUCUUAAGAGUGUUAAACGUAAACUACAAUUGCCCACAAACGACACUAAGUCUAAUCUGGAAGCGAUAGUCGAUAGUCCGCACAGCAAUCCAGUCAUCAACAGCUUAAAGGACGGUCUCUCUCAAUACUUUACACCAUCUAAUCGACGGAAGUCGAGGAAUAGUUUUACGGUUCCGGAACUACCAAUUGUUGACUCGGACUCUAAUUCUAGCGAAGAACCAAAACAAAUGAAAGUAUCGAAAGAACCAAUUGUUUUGUUGACUCCAAAACGGGUUGUUAAGAAACAGACUAAGAUUACCGAUUUUGUGAAACGAUUGCCGCCAUCUUCGGCGCCACCGAAACUUCAAAUGACACCCAAAAGCAAUAAAUUAGGUUCAAAUAAAAGACAAUCGAUUGUCGUCAAUAAGAAACAAACAACGAAAAAGAGUCCGCGACCCGUUAGGACACCGGCACCAACCGUAUCUAAAUCAUUGCCUAUACCGAUAUCACCCCCUAUGCGAGCACUUCCUACUAAUAUACCGACACAAUCGGACAAAGAAAUGUUUCAUUUGGCACAGGAAUUAGCUGAAAGACAAUUUGUGACAACAAUAUUGACACCAUUGAAGAGACAGCCAAAUAUCUUAAUUGAUAAAGAUAACAAUGAGAAAUCUCUUGAGGCCGCAUCAUCUCUGUCUCCCGGAGCUCAACCAACUUUACGUUGUCCGGCAGCUAUUGAAUUCGGCAAAUACGAGAUCGAGACGUGGUAUUCAUCUCCCUAUCCUCAAGAAUAUGUUAGACUUCAAAAGCUAUUUAUUUGUGAAUUUUGUCUCAAAUACAUGAAAAGCAGUUCAGUUCUCGAAAGGCAUAAAAAAAAGUGUGAUUUAUUUCAACCGCCGGCAACUGAGAUAUAUCGGGCCAAACAUAAGAUACCUAUCGAUGACGAAUCGGUCGAACUGUCUGUUUUUGAAGUGGACGGACUCGUAUCGAAAAUCUAUUGUCAAAAUCUAUGUUUAUUAGCCAAACUUUUUUUAGAUCACAAGACAUUAUAUUACGACGUCGAGCCUUUCCUUUUCUAUGUUCUCACUGUUAAUGAUAGUAAAGGUUGUCAUUUUGUUGGUUAUUUUUCCAAAGAGAAACACUGUGCCCAGCGUUAUAACGUGUCUUGUAUUAUGACAUUACCUCAAUACCAGCGCUGUGGUUACGGUAGAUUUCUCAUUGAAUUUUCAUACUUACUGUCCCGUAAAGAAGGAACCGCUGGAACUCCUGAGAAACCUCUAUCCGAUUUGGGCCGUAUAUCCUAUGAGUCUUUCUGGAAGUCUACGAUUAUUUGUUUUAUUCGCGAUCGACCGAAAACCACUAUUGAAGAGAUCUCUUUGGCUACCGGUAUGAAUGUCCACGAUAUUAGUUCUACUCUUAAUCGAUGUAAAUCUAUUGCCAAAACAAACGGAUGUUGGUCGUUACAAAUAAGUCCAUCAAUUAUCGAUUGUCUAAAAAAGCCUCGAAUUGCCAUCGAUGAGGAUUGCCUUCGAUGGACACCAUUAAUAGCACCUCCUGGUGUUAUGAUAGCAGAAGAAUUGUACGCCAAUAUGCCGAUUGUUGAACGGGAGGAACCCGUUGUCAACGAGAAUUUGCCGCAAAUUUUGGAGUCAUUUAAGAAGAAGCGACGGCGCCGUUGGUAUAAAGCAUAUCACGGAAGAAAACGCAAGAGACGUAGUGUCAAGAAUAAAGAUAAUAAAAUGAAUGUCGACGUCGAUGGAGAUAAUAGUCACAAAAAUGAUUCAGACGACGAUUCAAUGUCUGCUCCGGCGUCUCAAUGUGUAUCUCAAGAUGAAGACGACUCAGCAACUGAAGAGGAAACUGAAGAAGAGAUUAUGCGAUCUAUUAAAAAGGAUAAGAGUCCGUCAAAUGAUACUAAUGGUCACUGCGAUGAACUUUAUUUGAAACCAAAUAGUGUUAAGACAGACAAUAAUAAUGAUGACAUUUCUUCAGAUAACAAAAGAGAUAAUAUUAUUGAUACAGACGUUGAUGAAGAUAUGACAGAAGAUCCAACAAUCUGUGAAUCUGAUAAAUCUGACAAACAGUUAGUUGUGAAUUGUGAUGAUAACGAUAUAUCCAGAGAAGAUAAUAAUAUUAAUGAUAAUAAUAAUACUAAUAGUGAUAAAAAUGACAGCAUUACUAAUGAUAUUAAUAGUGAUGCAAACAAUAUUAUUAAUGAUAAUAAUAAUAAUAUUGAUAGUCAUUCAAAGUUAGAUUUGGACAAUAAAUCAGAAACAAAUCAUAAUAGUAUAGAUAAUUAUAAUAUAGAUAAUCAUAGUAAUAGUAGUAAUCAAGUGGUUAAUGAACAAAACAAUAGUGAAAUCAAGAAAACUGAUUCAAAAUUAGAAACCACUGAUCCAUUAGAUAAUGAAGAUAGACCUCAGAUCUCGUGCGACACACAAAAGAUGACAGCAAUACCUAAGAAGCACAGAUGGCAGAGGGCUGUUGUCAAUGCUAAUGAAUCGGAUGACGACAUCAUCGAUAACUCAAUACAAAAUAAUAUUACUCAUAAUAAUAAUAAUAAUAUAAAUAAUGAUAAUAAUAAUAAAGAAAAAUCAACGGACAAUAUUACUAAAACAACUGAUGAACCGACAAACCAAUUGAUGGAUAAACAAAUGUCAGAUCAAUGGUCCGAACCAUCCCCUGCAUUGGUUCAUUCUAUGCCUACACCACCAGUAGAUACAAGACCAUUAUCUGAAAUCACUUCCCAAAUCCCGUUGCCGAUGACUACCGAUUCGACACAACUGGCAGUUACUAUUCCGACCACAAAUGUGUCAUCACAUUUACCGCAUUUAUUACCACAACAGACACAUCAGCCAUCAAAUCGAGGUUCGGCACCAAAUACACCGCAAUCUCAUCAUUCGGUUCAUCAUUCAGUUUCAUCACCGAUGACUCCGCAACAUAUUUAUUCACCAAUUGGUCCUCAAUCGCAGCAGAAUUCACCGCAUUCUCAUUCAUCGCAUUCACAACCAUCAACACCAUUACCACCACAGCCAUCACCGCAACAAUUUCAUGUCCCAUCACCUCAACCACUGCCACCUAUUGUAUCUUCAAAGUCGUCUCGCAUUAGUCACCAGACAAUUCCUCCAAUGGUUAAUACAUUAGAGGUGUCGCAACCGAUUGGACCACAAGUGGUUCCAUCCGUUCACUUACCAUCGCAGACAACAACUUCAUCCCAUAGACAACAUCGAAGUAAAUCUCACUCAAAUUCUCACUCUUCUUCAAGUUCACACACUAGCUCUAUAUCAAAGUUACAGCAAAUGACUAAUGGACUCAACGAACCAUUACCACAACCACCUGUUCCACAGAGUUUACAAACAAAUAAUGCAUUACAAUAUCCGCAACAAUUCAGUCAAAGUUCAUCACAAAACUCGAGAUAUCAGAAACAAAUGAGUCAUCACUCGCGACAAUAUUAUCCACAAAUACCGGCUCCCAAUCAAACACCAACACAACCGCCCAUACAAUUCUACAAUGGAGGCUAUGGUUAUAGUACGGGAGCGGCGGCACAAUUACAGUCAUCGCAAGCACCCAAUGCUGCGGCAGCUUUAAGACAGCAACAGAUGAACUAUUAUCAUCUCUCAGCCCAACAAAGUCAAGCGCAAAAUCCAUACAAUACUUUUCCACAUAAUAUAAAUGCACUUCAAUUCACUCCACAACAGAAUUUCAUGCAAACAUCCCAACCAUUUUACGACUAUUAUCACAACCCAGCAAUGGGUGGCAACACAUCCCGUAGAUAAUCAAUGACAAGAAUUGAACAAUAAGUGUGUUUGUCGUCUACUUUAUAUAUCAAUUCAUUUAUGUGAAUAAAUAUCUCUUUUUUCUACAAGUAUUUGAUUUAUGAAAUUUCAUUGAUUUAUGUACAGGUAUUAUAU